UUUCCCAAAAAUAGCGCCCAGCGGGUAUCCGUCCGCCGGUGUCAGUGUCUCCUGAGGAGCCUCAGCGGGGAGGAGGCAGGAGUGGCGGCGGCGGGCAGCGAAGGGACGCGGGCGGGUGGUUAUAAGAAGAAAUAGGAACCUGAACCUCCAGCUGAAGACAAAGUGAAAGAAAGCUGUAUCAUGUGUUAGAAUACUGAAGAGUGACAUUUCUCGGAUUAGUGUAUUUCGGGAUAGCAAAGUGAAAGAAAGAAGAGGCUGAAAAUGGGGAGAAAGAAAAUACAGAUCACAAGAAUAAUGGAUGAACGGAAUAGACAGGUCACCUUUACAAAGAGGAAGUUUGGAUUAAUGAAGAAGGCAUAUGAGUUGAGUGUACUCUGUGACUGUGAAAUAGCACUCAUCAUUUUUAACAGCUCUAACAAACUCUUUCAGUAUGCCAGCACUGAUAUGGACAAAGUUCUCCUUAAAUACACAGAAUACAACGAGCCCCACGAAAGCAGAACCAACUCAGAUAUCGUUGAGACCUUAAGAAAGAAAGGCCUUAAUGGUUGUGAGAGUCCUGAUGCUGACGAUUACUUUGAGCACAGUCCGCUAUCGGAGGACAGAUUCAGCAAACUAAAUGAAGAUAGUGAUUUUAUUUUCAAGCGAGGCCCUGCUCUGAACAAGAAGGAACACAGAGGGUGCGACAGCCCGGACCCUGACACUUCAUAUGUGCUCACGCCACAUACAGAAGAAAAAUAUAAAAAAAUUAAUGAAGAGUUUGAUAAUAUGAUGCGGAAUCAUAAAAUCGCACCUGGCUUGCCUGCUCAGAAUUUCUCGAUGUCAGUUACAGUUCCAGUGUCCAAUCCCAACACUUUAACCUACAGUAAUCCAGGGAGUUCCCUCGUAUCCCCAUCGCUGGCAGCCAGUUCAUCGUUAACGGACACAACCAUGCUCUCCCCACCUCAGACCACCCUACAUCGGAACGUAUCGCCUGGGGCCCCUCAGAGACCACCGAGUACUGGCAACGCAGGUGGGAUGCUGGGGACAACUGACCUCACAGUCCCAAAUGGAGCUGGUACCAGUCCAGUUGGAAAUGGCUUUGUGAAUUCUCGAGCUUCACCAAGUCUACUUGGAACUACUGGUGGUGGGAAUGGCUUAGGCAAAGUCAUGCCUACAAAGUCUCCACCUCCACCUGGAGGAGGUAAUAUCGGAAUGAACAAUCGCAAACCUGACCUCCGUGUUGUCAUCCCACCCUCCAGCAAGGGUAUGAUGCCACCACUGUCGGAGGAGGAUGAAUUGGAGUUGAACACCCAAAGGAUAAGUAGUUCUCAGUCUACACAGCCUCUUGCUACCCCUGUGGUGUCGGUGACAACUCCCAGCUUGCCUCCGCAGGGACUGGUGUAUUCGGCCAUGCCUACUGCCUACAACACUGAUUACUCCUUGACUAGUGCAGACCUGUCUGCCUUGCAGGGGUUUAACUCCCCAGGGAUGCUGUCCUUGGGGCAGGUGUCAGCCUGGCAGCAGCACCACCUUGGUCCAUCCGCCCUCAGCUCUCUCGUUACUGGCAGCCAGCUAUCUCAGGGUUCAAAUUUAUCCAUUAACACCAACCAAAACAUCAACAUAAAAUCUGAACCAAUUUCACCUCCCCGGGACCGUGUAACUCCCUCUGGGUUCCCGCAGCAGCAGCAGCCCCAGUCACAGCCGCAGCCCCAGCCCCAGCCUCAGCCCCAGCCCCAGCAGCAGCAGCAGCAGCAGCAGUCGCGGCAGGAACUGGGUCGCUCUCCUGUCGACAGUCUCAGCAGCUCCAGCAGCUCCUACGACGGCAGCGACCGGGAAGACCCGCGAAGCGAUUUCCAUUCGCCCGUCGUGCUGGGCAGGCCACCGAAUUCAGAAGACCGGGAGAGUCCCUCGGUGAAGCGGAUGAGGAUGGACACGUGGGUGACAUAAAUGCUUGGCUCUACCACCUCAGUUUUGUGUUCUCAAAGUGAACUGUCCUGACAUAUCUAAAUUUAUAAAUAAGGACAUAAGUAUAUUUAUAUGUAUAUACAUACAUGCAUAUAUAUAUCUUCACACGCAUAUAUAUGUGCUAGUGUGUGUAGCAUACACAAAAUCAUCAGGCACUUACGACAAACUUCUUGUAUAGCUGCAGAUGUCCCAUGGUAAAACGUAAGAGAACAAUCCUGUAGGUAUUGAUCUAGUCUGGCACUUACCUGGACUCGUUGUUUUCAUGAUAUAAUCUGUUUUGCAGAGAAACCCUCUACCCGCAGUAUAACCCGACCACACUAGAUUGCCGAAACCGGGAGGGCUCGCCUGUAGUAACGUCCCUGUGUGUGUAUUCAAGCUGUAUGGUUACUCGUAGUUAAGAAAUAAUGCUUUGUAGCAGCAGAGCAGUAGAGAAGCAGGAAGAAGAAAGCAAUACUGUACAUAAAACGACCUUUAUAUUACCCAACCUGGCAUGGGUCUCUAUCGCAGAGGGUGCAUGGAGAAGGGCUGAUGCUAUAAGAAAUAAACAAAAACCCUGUUUUGCACGUGCUAAAAAACCAUAAAAAUAGUGUAUUGGGUCAAAGAAGUGAUUUUUUUUAACGAGUGAGAGAGAGACAUAGAGAACUCGCAUGAACUAUUCAGAAACUAUUAGCCUAGAAAAUAGAACAUUAACAAAAUAAAAUUAAUAUAUUAAGUUAUAAUUGGAAUAUGUUUGACAAAUUUGUUUUUACGUUCAUACCUUUGACAAAUAUAGAAACGGAUUUUAGCUCAUGUAUAUUUUAUAUUAAAGAAAACAAUACCCUAAUGGAUUGAAGACUAUAUAUAAAGUUAUAUACAGUACUUUUGAACACAUUCUGCUAUGAAUUAUUUAUAUAAGCCAAAGCUGUAUGUUGUAGCUUUUUUGUAGAGUAUAGUUUUAUCUUAUUUUGACUUUCUAGUUUUUGCUUUCGAAGACGAAAAGGAAAAACUUGCAGGCGGAACCUUGGGGGAAAAAUAAGCCAUGAACACUUCUAUGUAAAUUUAAAUUUGAGCCAAACUCUUUGUGUAUAUAGCAUCCUAAAUAUAUUAUCACCUUUGGUGUAAGUACCGACGUAUCGUACGUUCACCAGAUUACAAAGUAUAUUUUUGUGGAUUGACGCCGACUUGAGAAAGGCGAGGUCCUUAUUAAGUAGAGUAUUCACUGUUUAAUAUUUACUAUUUUGUUAAAUAUACUGUACUUUCUUUGGAUUUUAAUUAUUAUUAAUAUUAUUAUCCAGAUUUUUCAGAGGGUGUAUAAAGGGGUUAUUCCCCUCACUGGUGGUGAAUGUGUGCCGUUCAAUUGUAAUCUCUGUGCUGUAUGGUUAAGCUUCAUUAUACAUUUUAUAUAUAUGUAUAUAAAUAGCAAAGUGGCAAAAAAAUAAUCCGGUGUUAAGUUCAUCCUGCAUAAAUACACAAAAGGUUUUAAGGCAUCAUUUUAAAGCUGCCUAUUCUGAGGAGGAAAAACAAACAAAA